ACACACACACACAACCCAGGAGCCGCCAGCGACUCCAGUGAAAUGUAUCAAAGCUGAUGAUGCACUUCCGGGUGCCUCUCUGAUUGGCUGCUCAGAAGUAACUCUUCCCUUGGGAGAAAUAGCGGAUCAGUCUGAGGCUCUCUCUCCCAACACCACCCCCCCUCCACCAAAAAAAAAGAGAAACUUACUGACAACUUCCCAAACAACACAGCUACAGGCAACUAAACAACAACAAUAACACGAGCCGGACUGGCUCCUCUGGGCAGCAGCGGCCAACGUUGGCUUGGGACUUUGUGACUUUCUCUACAAUCACACACACACACACACACACUCUCUCUGACUUUGUCAAACAAGGAGAGGGAGAAGGCGAGCCAGCAGCAGCAGCAGCAGCAACUCAGGAUGAGUCUACUGUCAACGAUCGACACCAGCGCCUCUGUCUACCAGCCAGCCCAGCUCUUAAACUGGGUCUAUCUGUCUCUGCAGGACACUCACCAGCCGAGUGCUUUUGAUGCUUUUAGACCGGAGCCGUCAUCCCAGCACCACGACCUGAACUACACCAAAGCUGCCGCCGACCUGGGAACUUCGCUCUAUUCCAACUAUCUCAAUAACUUUUCCCAACUCCACAGGAACGAGGCUAUUACCAGCGGGUUGUAUAAGAACGCGUCUCCCUAUGGUUCUCUGAGUAAUAUCGUGGAUGGGCUGAGCUCGUUGACCGACCAUUUCUCGGAUCUAUCCUUAUCGGCAGAACCCCGUAAACCCGGCAAAAGACCUCCACCCAACUACCUGUGUCACCUCUGCUUCAACAAAGGGCAUUAUAUCAAGGACUGUCCCCAGGCACGCCCCAAAGGAGAAGGCCUGACCCCUUACCAGGGCAAGAAACGCUGCUUUGGUGAAUACAAGUGCCCUAAGUGUAAGAGGAAAUGGAUGAGCGGUAACUCAUGGGCCAACAUGGGCCAGGAAUGCAUCAAGUGCCACAUCAACGUUUACCCCCACAAGCAGAGACCCUUGGAGAAACCUGAUGGCCUGGACGUGUCGGAUCAGAGCAAAGAGCAUCCACAACAUCUGUGCGAGAAGUGCAAAGUUCUGGGCUAUUAUUGUCGUCGGGUGCAGUGAGUGGCUCACCAGACCUCGCAGCCACCAGCAUUGCCACCCCUCCCAUCCCCGAAUCCUUCCUCCGCCCCCCCCACCACCACCACCACCACCGUCCCCCACACCCAUCAGCAUCCCUCUCCCAACACUGCUCAGACCACACGUCCAGUCGAAAGAUGAAUUCGCCAAAAUCUCGCUCAUGACAGAAAGCAAUUCAGGGGCCUGAAAUUGGUAGAAUGUGACUCUUUCCUCUGUAUGUGCGUAUUUUCGGGUUGUAUUUAUAGUAUUAACUACCAGAAACAGUAUUACCAAUAGCAGUUUAAUGUGGCACCUUACAUGGGGUGUCUUGCCUACUCUUUGUUUACAGAGACUUUGUACCAGGAGCCAGUGCAAGGGGGAGAACUUAUUGAGCUGAAAGGCUGAUAUUUUAAACCAAGCCUCUUCUGUGCCAUUACUAACCCAUAAGCUGAUAGUACAAGUCCACUUGCUGUGAAUUGUCACAUGGAUUGAGAGCUUCGAUCCCCUAGCUCUUUGUGUCAAAAAAAGCUGGCAAGCGUCAGUAUUAGAGUAGUAACAAAAAUAUGGUUAUUGGCAUGUGAUUACAACGAAGACUGACAAAUAUGUGUCUGGUAUUGUAGAGAUUAAAGAGUAGGUUGAAAAGGGAAAGAGGCAUGAUUAACUUUUGGGGUACUGAAUAAUAUUUUUGAACAGUAGACAGCACAUUAUCACAACUGGAGAUAUUUCCCUAGACAUCCACAUCAAAUAACUGCAGUGACAAAAUGCAAUACUGUGAAUUUCUGCGAUCCUUAAUCACUGAACACUAAGCGCCUUCAGAACUUAAAUCCA